UAACAUAACAUAACAUUAUUCGUCGGAUAACAGUGCUGAAACUGAUAAUGGAAAAUACGACAGGAUUAGGAGGAGGAGUAACGAUGUUUGUGAACGCGGAGAUCGAUACGAGUGCUCCAUUUAGUUCAGUAAAAGAGGCAGUCAUGUUAUUCGGAGAAAGAGUUCUUGCUGGAGAGCUCUACUCUGCUAAGAAGCUUAAACAGAAGAAGGAUGGAUCAUCAUCAAGUGAAGAUGACAUGAGUGACCCAUUUGAUCUUGGAACAGUAACUACAGAGCUGCAAGAGACAAAGCAAAGACUAGAAAAAGCACGAGAAGAAAGAUUUGUAAUGGUUACUUGUCUCUCUUCUUUAGAAGAAGAACUUGAACGCACAAGAAAAGAGCUUGAGAAUUUAAAAUUUGAGCAAAAAUCCAAAGAACAAGUUAUGGUGUUCUUACAAAUGCAUCCUUCUCUCAAGAACAAGAAGAAGAAGAAGAAGAAAAUCCCUCUUAUUCCACUUAUAGGAGGAAUUUUUUCUAGGAAGAAGCGUAGUAAUUCUGAUAUUUAAUCAGCUCGAACAAAUUGAUAUGCAAAUCACGAGGAGUAAGGCAAUUCAAUACUAUAUAUAGCCGAUAAAUUUUCAAUAAUUUUGUUUAGAAUCACAGUGUGAUUUUAUUUUAUUUUAUUGGGAAAAAUUCUCAGGGAUACCUUCAGCCACUAUUCUUCGGAUGCGCACUAUAAUCUGCUCACUAUACAGUAUAACUUGUAAACCACACCGUGUGAGUUAUAUAGAUGUGUUUCUUUGUGUAAAUUUUUCAAUAAUGUUGUAUUAUUACUUGAAUGAUAUGUAG